AUGAGACCACCAUGCAAAGCUGCAGUUUCUUCUCUGAUUCUGCUUCUUGCAAUAGCAUUCCUUUGCACUACUGGCGUCAACUCCGAAGACCCCUAUAGGUUCUUCAACUGGAAGAUCACCUAUGGUGACAUCAACCCUCUUGGUGUCAAACAACAGGGGAUCUUGAUUAAUGGAAAAUUCCCAGGGCCUCACAUAAACGCUGUUACUAAUGAUAACUUGAUCAUCCGUGUGCAUAACCAACUCACAGAACCAUUCCUCAUAUCAUGGAAUGGCUUAAUGCACAGGAGAAACUCAUGGCAGGAUGGAGUUUCUGGCACAAACUGUGCAAUCCCACCUGGGAAGAACUUCACUUAUGUCCUCCACGUGAAGGACCAAAUUGGUAGCUUUUUCUAUUUCCCAUCUCUUGGAAUGCAAAAAGCUGCAGGAGGAUAUGGAAGCAUCACAAUCCGAAGCCGCCCCAGAAUUCCUGUUCCUUUCCCUCCUCCUGCAGAGGACUUCUCCAUUCUUGCUGGUGAUUGGUUCAACACAAGCCAUCAUAGACUGGAGAGAAUCCUGGAGAAUGGUCAUAAUCUUCCCUUCCCUCAAGGACUUAUAAUCAAUGGGCAUGGCAAGAAUGGACAAACCAUUUUCACAGUUGAUCAAGAUAAGACUUACAGAUUCAGGAUAUCAAAUGUUGGGCUAACAACAUCCAUCAACUUCAGAAUCCAAGGGCACAAGAUGAAACUUGUGGAGGUAGAAGGAUCACACACUCUCCAGAACACCUAUUCUUUCCUGGACAUUCAUCCUGGACAAUCCUACUCUGUGCUUGUCACAGCUGAUCAACCUGCCAAUGAUUACUACAUUGUUGCCUCCACAAGGUUCACCAGAAAAAUACUCACAACAACUGGAACUCUUCACUACAGCAAUUCAAUCAAGAGGGUGUCUGGUCCCAUUCCACAAGGACCUAUUGAUAUGACUUCAUCUCUUUUACAAGCUAGGACUAUCAGAUUGAACCUAACAGCAAGUGGACCUAGACCAAACCCUCAGGGAUCUUAUCACUACGGUUCAAUCAAACCCACUAGAACCAUCAUGCUGGAAAAUUCUGCUCCCAUUAUCAAUGGCAAGCAGAGGUAUGCAGUAAACAGUGUUUCAUAUGAAGCACCAGAUACUCCAUUGAAACUAGCUGAUUACUACAACAUCUCUGGAGUUUUCUCCCUUGGAAGCAUUCCUAGUAAACCCACAGGGGACAAAGCUCACAUCCAAACCUCUGUCAUGGGGGCUAAUCACCAUGAAUUUGUGGAGAUUGUGUUCCAGAAUUGGGAGAACUCUAUGCAAUCAUGGCAUGUAGAUGGCUACAAUUUCUUUGUUGUAGGGUAUGGUAUUGGACAGUGGACACCUGCAAGCAGAAGAUCCUACAAUCUGAAAGGUGCUGUUUAUAGAUGCACCACCCAGGUGUAUCCAAGGUCAUGGACUGCAAUCUACAUGGCACUGGACAAUGUGGGAAUGUGGAACAUAAGGUCUGAGAAUUGGGCAAGGCAAUUUUUGGGGCAGCAAUUCUAUUUUAGGGUGUAUACACCUUCCAAGUCAUGGAGAGAUGAAUACCCAAUCCCAAAGAAUGCACUUAUUUGUGGAAAGGCGGGAGGACAUCACAGAAGACUUCUUUCUUAG